GUUGGCAGACGUCCCGUUGGUGUCCAGACAACUGCAGACAAACUCAGGGCCAAAGGGGGGGCCCCUGCUUUGAUGUAUUGUGACUCAGCUUUAAGAAACGACACGCACGCUUGAUGUCAUCUACACUUGUUGACAACUUUGAUUGUGGUUUUCACUGACCGGAACAUGGAUACUUUCGGAAUGUUAGAAACAACAUUUGUGUUUUUGUGUGAUCAGUUUUGAGUUUAAGACCUUCUUGACCGGAAGUAUCAAGAUUUUAACACAAUAACAGGAGCGUGUUCUGGAAGCAUCAUCUCUCUUCAGUCUAUUGACAAUAUUUUCUUUAGAGAAAUAAGAUAAGUGAUUAUUAAAGGAAUAGAACUGAUCACUAAGAGAGAAUGAAGUUAUUAUUCAAAUAAGAGAAAUUCUGAGAUAAAAGGCCUAAAUUUUGAGAUAGACGAAUUGAUAUAUUCAAAAAAGAGAAGUUCUGAGAUAACAGGCCCUAAACUAAAUAUUGAAACAGUAGGAGACAUAAAAUGAAUCGUUUGUGAUAUUUGUCUCUAGCUUCUAGUAAAAGUGUAUUUUUUAACAGCAUUAAUAUUGUAUUCUUCCUAUGUGAUUGACAAGGAAAGGUUCAUGCAAGACUUCUAGAUGGUGGGAAACAAAACAACAAAGAGUGGCCCAGUGACGAGAAGAUAAAAGGUUUCUUCUCUAUGACGUUGUUCUUGUGUAUAUGGAAUAACGUAAACACGACUUGACUGAGUCUAUAGAAACGUUACUGUUACGUCUGUAGGCUAGACUGGAAGCAGUGGAUUUGGUGAGACUUGUCUGGUCAUGGAUAUUUAUAAAUGUAUGUAUGAGAUCAUAACCAGCUCAACCGUGGUGAUGUCACCAGAGGCGUAUCCAAGCUACAACGUCACCACGUUUAGGAACCAGGGCUCCAGGUCAGAGUCUGUGAGCUACGGGAACAGAAUGGGGCUUUCAGUGAAUAGGAUAUCUGAACCGAGAUGUCGUUAUGACGUCAUGCUGGCGGUGUUCAUGUUAGCAGUACUCUCUGUGGUCAUCGUUGUCACUCUGGUGGGUACCAAGGAGUCCAUCAAAGGGCUGGACGAGUCACAGGUUGCAUCUGUGAUGUCCAUAAAGGAACAAAGAAUUCUUAUUCUGAAGGCCAAACAGAAAUGUUUUCGGGCGCAAAAAGAAUGGGACGGAACAAACAUGACCAGCGAACCAAUGUGCAACAUGUCCUGGGAUGGGUUGACGUGCUGGGAUCCGACCCCUGGUGGGGUCAUUGCUGAGAAGCCGUGUCCCAGUUAUAUCAGCGGAUUUUAUAAAAAUGAGGUGGCCAAGAGAACUUGUAAUGAGAACGGAACCUGGUGGGUACAUCCGACAUUCAACCGAGAAUGGACCAACUACUCCAACUGUUACCAGCCUUCUAUUGAUCUUAGUUUCCACACAGCUUUGGGCUACAAGUUAAAAUUACUGUACACAAUAGGCUACAGUUUUUCCAUCGGAGCUCUUCUUGUUGCUAUUGUCAUCAUGCUGUGUUGCAAACGUCUUCAUUCCAAGAGCAACACGCUGCACAUCAACCUCUUUCUGACGUUCAUCCUCAGAGCAGUCAUCUCCUUCCUCAAGGACAGCCUCUUCGUGUCGCACUUAGGGCUCGAAAAAGAUGUUCUAAUAGCGUCUGAUGGAAGCAUUGAGUUUAUACAGGAUGACGAUCACUGGGAGUGCAAACUCCUGAUCACCAUCUUCAUAUACAGUUCUAACGCGUGUAACAUGUGGAUCUUUUCGGAGGCUGUCUACUUGACCAUGUUGGUGUACAGGCCGCUGACCACAGAGAGAAGAGGAGUCAAAGUGUACAUAGUCUUAGGAUGGUCUUUGUCCUUUGUGUUCAUAAUUCCAUGGAUUAUAGUCAAGGCUCUCUAUGAAGACAGAUUUUGUUGGAAUUUCCAGCAUAAUCUGGAUUACUAUUGGAUAAUUCGUGGAUCUGGCGUUGGCGUUGUUGUGAUUAACUUUUUUCUUUUCUUAAAUAUUUUUCGCAAGCUGUUUUUGAAGUUGCGUCAGAGUUCUAACCUCGGUGUCAGUGGGAAGUCUAAAUAUAGGAAGCUGGCCAAGUUUAUCCUGGUCCUGAUCCCACUGUUUGGCAUCAUGUACCUCGUCUUCUACGUGGCCGUGCCGUCAAACUUUGAAGAGACGCAGUACAACUUGGCGUAUCUAUAUCUUGAGAUGGGAUACAACUCUUUUCAAGGGCUGCUACUUGCGUUGUUGUUUUGUUUUCUCAAUGAAGAGGUACAUAUUGAAUUGAAGCGGGCGUGGCUCCGGCACAAAAACAGAAGAAUGGAGAUGUCUAUAAUUAACAGAUCCUUCAACAACUUUCACUCUUCACACAGAAAGACAAUGUCCUGCAACUCAAGAGAGGACGAUUCCAAAAUUGGUAUCUGUCCUACCUCGGGCCCAAAAGGCAAAGAGCUCUACCGCCUUAGAACUUUCUCUGUUUCCAGUGAGAAUAAUGAGCUCACUCGAGUUACAACAUCCAACAGUUUCAAAUGCCCACAUCGUGUGUGUGCCCAGUUUGAUGAUAGUUCGCUCACUAGAUAUGGCAACAUUAACCCGGUAUUCCCCCAGUCGACUUGUGGGCCAAGGACUAACUCCCUUACUGGCAAGCUGGUGACAACCAAAUUUGUAAACCCAGAAAGCAUCCACCAAAAGACUUUGAAUGAGCCCAACAAUUUUCGCAGUCAAGAUUUAAAUCAAGAAAGUUCUAAAACACAUCUUCUGACCCAAGAAGACAAGGAAGAGCAAGAAAAGGACUGAGCAAAGACCAUAAAAAAAUCAACUAAAAAGUGCCGUCUACAGAUGUAGGAAAUGUCCUGAACUGUUUUCCACUCAAAGGUUGUUAACAGCUGUGUUCCCUCUCACUAGUUUGUCUGCAGCUGUUGACAGAUGUCUAGAGCAGUGUUCUUCAUGUCUGUUUAAUAUUGAGAAGCUGUUUUCCACUCACCUUGUUGUCUACAGCUACUGGCAGCUCUCUAGAUCUGCGUUUCUCACAAAUGAGCCUUCUUUUGAAUAAAGAUCCUCUAACAUACGUUCUAGUGUUAUAUGGAACUGUAAAAUAUUCAUACUAAGUCAAGACUAACAAUGCUUUAUGAAGUUAUUGAGAUUUAAACAUCCCAGGCAGGCUAUAAGGGUAAACUUGUCUGCACACAGAGAAUUAGCAGACGUGCAGCUUUGUAAAGCAAAUAUUAAUCAAAGACUCCAAAUGUUCAAGUUUGUUUUUCAAACUUAGAACCAAGUUAAUUUAGGAUCAUUAAGCCUUUUCAGUUUUAAUGCACUAACAAAAUAAAAAAUUGUAUAAACGUAUUGCUUCAAUUACAAUUGAAAUAAAAUACCUGUCUUUAUUUAUUUUUUUUUUAGUUCUUUUGAAUGAUUUUUCACACCAAUGUAAAAUGAUUUUUUAAAAUAAUGUCUAUGUAUCUUAAAGGAGGAUGGUGUAACAGAGAUGCCCCCAGUAAGCGAUAUAAAGAUUAACUCUGGCGCCAAUUAGCCCUCACUAGCAUAGAGUUAAGUAACUGGCAGCAGAUGGCCUCUGCAAGAGGUAGGUGGAGAGCUCUCACAAAGGCUGUGUGACACACAUUUAAGACCCAAAGAAGAGCCUUUAUUGAAGACAGUCCCAGAAGAUGACAAGAAAUCUUAGAUAGACCCCAGCAAACAACAGCUUUGUCUGCACGAGAUGGGGAAAAAUAUGGAGGUCACAACUGUAUUUGCAUGUUCAUGUAAAACACUGCACUCAUUCUCAUUCUUUGGAAUCGAAGACAUUACCUUUAUAUGUAUAUACCAGUUUGCCUUUGAUUUUAAUUGUAAACUGUUACUGAAUGGAUAUUGAGCUCUAAUUUAAAUAUUAUGUUUAGAGACGUUAUUGACUGAUUUUGUAUAAGUACUAAAAAGAUUAAAAAAAACUUUAUUUGAAGUGAGCUUGUGUUGAUAGAUGUAUGAUGAAAUUCUUUUUUCCACUUCAUGACAUUGGAUUCUUUUGAAAAAAAGAUGCAAUAUUGUGUUUUAAUAGCUGGCCAUGGUUCAAUGUACAAGAAAUAUGUGAUGCUGUAUGGAAUAAAUUUCAUUUUAUUUCUUUAAAUUUCUAUCUUUUUUUUGUUGUUGUAGAAUAAGUUUACAAAAUGUGUAUUUUUAUAAUUAAUUAACACAGAAAAAAUGCUGCACCUACACUAAGUAGGGUAUAAUUUUUUUAGAAUUUUAUUAAAAAAUAACAAAGUUGUAUUAUAUAACUGUUUCAAAUGUUUGCUAAGAUGAAACACAAAAUUAAACAAAUAAUAAUACUAUGGCAUUUGAUAGCAAAAUAUUAGAUUUUCAUAGAUUUAAUACUUGAAAAACAGUGAUAGAUUCUGUUUUGAACAAAUUAAUAUACUAAAAAAAGUUUUUGGGAAAUUAUCCAAAUCUAUUCCUUUGGCUCUUACAAUACAAAUUUAAUAUUACAUCACAUUUGUUUUUAAAUUAUAACAUUGCAACUCAUAUUUAUAAUUAAAGAAAAUAGAAAACUGAACAAGUACACAAAAAGAAAGAAUUUCUCAAACUUCAACAUUGUUUUUGUUCAAAUGAACAUACUUGUACAUCAUAACAAUCUAGUAAGAGCAUACAUUUUUGAUGCAAUACAAGAAUUUAUCUUAUAAAUACUUAUUUAUCAAUAACUGAAUUUAUAAAUGUGUAAACAGGUUACAUGAAUUAGACAGUUUUGAGGCUUCAAUUUUUUAAAAGAUUAACUAAUUGAAUUUAUAACAUUUUGUUCAACCAAUGAAACAGUUCCUAUUUGAAUAAAAAAAAAAAUAUUACCAUGUUACACAAGUAUUAAUUGUGUGUGUGUGUGUGUUUCAGAAGCAGUAUUACAUUGUGCAAUAACAAAUGUUUUUUUCAGAGAAAAAAAAAACAA